AUGCCUACCUCUCUGCGUCCUCUUUCUGCAACGUCCAUCUUGGUCAACGUCUGCCAAUCAACAGACAGGAUCAAGAAGAUCGAGUACUUUCGCGUGCCGCCUCGCUGGAUGUUCGUGCGUAUUGAGAGCACUGGAGGGUAUGUUGGGUGGGGUGAAGCGACGCUCGAGUGUCACGACGAGGCAGUAGAGGGUGCACUGUCGCAUCUCAUCCGUCUGUACACCGGAUGGCCGACGGACAACAUCGAAGAUCUCUGGCAAGCCGCGUACAGGACCGGCUUCUACCGCGGCGGGGAAGUACUCAUGUCCGCGAUCGCGGGCAUUGACAUCGCCCUGUGGGACCUCAAAGGCAAACGGCUCGGGGUACCGGUAUGGAGUCUUCUGGGAGGACUCGUACGUGAGCGUGUUCAGGUCUAUUGCUGGAUUGGGGGCGAUCGCCCAGACGAUGUCGCAGCGCAGGCAAUUGAGAAGAAGCAGGCUGGCUUCAAGGCAGUCAAGAUGAAUGCAACAGAAGCUCUGGCGCGCCUCGACUCUCCCGCCAAGCUACAAGCGAGCGUUGACCGGCUCAAGGCAGUAAGAGCUCAGGGUUUGGAUGCUGGGGUGGACUUUCAUGGCCGUGUUCACCGCCCGAUGGCAAAGCAGCUAGCUACCCUGUUGGAACCACAUGGACCGCUCUUCAUUGAAGAGCCACUCCUUCCUGGCUUCAUCCCGGAGAUCGCUGCAAUCGCUCGUCACACCAGUGUACCCAUCGCCCUCGGCGAACGCCUCUUUACGCGGCAAGAUUUCCGCCCCUACCUCGAGCAAGGCGCAGUCGACAUCGUCCAGCCUGACGUAAGCCACGCGGGCGGAAUCAGCGAGACGCGGAGGAUCGCCAUCCUUGCGGAGGCCUUUGACGUCGGGUUUGCGCCGCAUUGCCCGAACGGACCUAUCGCGCUGGCGGCGAGUAUCGCGAUGGAUCUUACUGUUCCUAAUUUCGUCAUCCAGGAGAUGUCCUGGAAGAUCCACUAUAACGUUGGUGCUGACCUCCUCACCUACGUCAAGAACCCCGACGUGUUCAAGGUCGUGGACGGGAUGAUCAAGGCCCCCCUCGGUUCCGGGCUAGGCGUCGAGAUCGACGAAGAGCUGGUGAGGAAGGUGUCGAAGGAUCAUAAGCCUUGGGAGGGCAGUUUCUGGAGGGGAGACGACGGUGCUGUUUGGGAAUGGUAG